AAAUGAGAAGAGGUCUUACCCAUUAAACAAAUCAGGUACAUCACGUUGCCAUUUUUAUUUUUAUCUUCAUUUCUUAUUAUUACGGUAUUGUACUUAUUCAAAAUUUGAAAUGUGUACACAUAAAUACACAAAUGCAUGUGUUGUCUAUCUGCCCACCACUCUGAUCUUUACUAAUAAUAAAUGCUUCUUCUGCAUCUAUUUGAAUUUUGAAUUACGUCUGAUCUGAUCAAAUCGUUGGUCCUUCUUCUUCACGGUUAACUCAGUUUUCACUGCUCACUCUAAACUUAAUUUUAUCUUGCUUAUGAAACAUUCUUACUGCUUACUCUAAACUUAGCUAGUUUAUGAAACAUUCUUAAUGUCUAAUAAAUCAAUAAUAUUAUUUAUAUAUAAAUACUAAUAUGAAUGAUUCAUAUAGAAUCAUAGAUUGAUACUUCCUACUUAAGAGUCCUCUCCACUCCUCCAUAUCGAAAGCUUUGAGUGUUGCGGUAUAUCUGAGCCAUGGAGUACUUUAAAGUGAAACUUUGUGAAAAGUGGUUUUAAUACAAAUUAUAUAGUAAAAUAUUAUUUUACAUAUAUAAAUAAAAAAAAAAACGGGGGGUAAAAUUGAAAACUAAAAUAUUGGGUUGAUUAGAAAGGGUCACAUUUACCAACAACAACAUACUUAAUUAUUUCUGAGUGUUUUCUGGCCUGUGGAAACAAGGGAUUUUUAUAAACUUUCAUCUGAUGAGUGAGUAAUGAGUGAGUCUCUCAUGGAGUCUUGGUUUUCUAAACAAAUAUUUAAGUGUGGGCAUCUAUGUUUUUCCACCAGAGAUUCUUUCUUUCUCUGACCAAAACAAAAACAUUUCACAUUCUUCUUUGAGUACUUUGAUUCUUUUUUUUUUUUUUUUCUUAUUUUAAAAUUCAUAGUUCUGAUCUGAAACAUUGUGAGUAGUAGUAGCAUUACUGAGAAUUUUGAAGCAAAAAGAUGGAAACUAGUGAAGAUGACAGAAAAUGCAGUGACAAGAAAAUGGAAGGAGAUGAUGGUUGGAGAAUUGUAGAGGGCUUAAGAGGAAGGCUUCUUGCAGAGAGACAGGCUUCAAGGAUUGCUAAAGAGGAAUCAGAAAGCAUGGAGACUAAGCUAAUAGAGCUAGAGAAACUGUUAAAAGAAGAGAUAAAUCUGAGGAACAAAGCUGAAAAGAAGCUUAAGAGGAUAAAGAAAAAGCUUCAAAGUUUCAACAUUUGUUCAUCCAAAUCAGUGGAAUCAUCAGAACAAUCAUGUUGUUCAGAGAAGAGUGAAGUUUCUUGUAGAUCAUUAUUCACUGUCACAUCUAGUAGUACUUCUUCAGGCCCCAUUGACUCAGAAGAGAAUGAGUCAAAUUUUCAUGUUACCUCACGAAAAUCAACGAAAAAUCAUGAAAGUCCUAAUACUGAGAACCCAAUUGAUCAAGGUACUGCCAGCUUUGAAGAUUUCUAUGAUAACCCAAGUAAUAAAUCAAGCUCUGCAGACUUUCGAUGUUCAGUGGAAGAGAAUGAGAUUGAUCACGAGGAUUAUGUAGAUGACUCUUUUGCACUUGUGCCAAUUAAUUACUGUGUAGCUGAAGCCCCUAAAAGGAUUGAGCUAAACCCAGUUCAUGAAAAUGUAUCAGAAGCUCUUGACUCACUUAAGUAUAUCAGAGAAAAAAUUCAAAGCUCAAUGGAAAUAAGAUGUAUGGUUAGAGUUGGCCCUACUUAAAACUCAGCUCUGAUGAAAGUAAACAUAUAUCUAUAUCUAUAUGCAUAUAUGUUUAUCUCCUUAUUAGAUGACAUUAUAAAGUAAAAUCACAUUUUGUUAGGAAUAACUUAUCUUUCUUUUCUGAUAUGCAAAUAAUUUGAGAUGAAAAAGCAGAAUAUAUGGAUGCAACUAUGUGUGUGGAUGUAAUAAAAUCACUUUUUGACUGUGUUCA